CGCAACAUUUUCUACAUCAUGAGUGUCUGUGAAAACAACAAUUCUGUCCAGCAACAGCUGCAACAACAAACGCUGCAACAUCAGCCAGUUGUAAUACAACAGCAACAACAACAGCAGCAGCAGGUGACACAACAACAAGUGCAACAGCAGCAACAAACCACACAAAGUAUUGCUGAUUAUUUGGCUCAAUUACUUAAGGAUCGCAAACAAUUGGCAGCAUUUCCGAAUGUCUUCAAUCAUGUGGAACGUUUAUUAGAUGAAGAAAUUGCCCGCGUUCGUGCCUCACUAUUCCAAAUAAAUGGUGUGAAAAAAGAACCCCUUAUGUUGCCAGAACCCGAGGGACCCGUUGUGUCAUUAAAUGAAAAAGUCUAUGUACCUGUGCGAGAACACCCAGAUUUCAACUUUGUUGGUCGAAUUUUGGGUCCUCGCGGCAUGACAGCCAAGCAAUUGGAACAAGAAACUGGCUGUAAAAUUAUGGUCCGAGGCAAGGGCUCGAUGAGAGACAAAAAGAAGGAAGAUGCUAACAGAGGCAAACCCAAUUGGGAACAUUUAUCCGAUGAAUUGCAUGUCCUUAUCACCGUCGAAGAUACAGAAAAUCGCGCCAAAAUCAAAUUGGCCCAAGCCGUGGCCGAAGUACAAAAAUUACUUGUACCGCAAGCGGAAGGCGAAGAUGAACUUAAAAAACGUCAACUUAUGGAAUUGGCUAUAAUCAAUGGCACCUAUCGGGAUACAACCUCAGCGAAAAACAUGGCCCAAGCCUGUGAUGAAGAAUGGCGUCGUGUCGUUGCUGCCGCCUCAGCUGAUAAUCGCCUGUUGGCUCCCGCGUUGCCUGGCUUGGCACAAACAAUGCGCGCCCCCCAGGCUGCCCCACUGGGUGCCCCCUUGAUCUUGUCACAACGCAUGACAGUGCCAACAUCGGCGGCGAGUAUAUUAUCGGGUACCGCAACACCAGCUCCCGCAUUUGAAAAUCCCGCCCAUGGCAUGAUCUUUGCCCCCUACGGAGAUUACAAUAUCUACAAUACCGCCCUCACCGGAAAUCCUCUGCUGACGGAAUACACAGAUCAUACCGUAGGAGCCAUUAAACCACGACGUUUGGCGGCUACUCGUGAUCAUCCUUAUCAGAGAGCAGCAGUUGGGGUCCCAGCAAAGCCGGGCUUUAUCGAAAUCCAAUAAAACAAACAAA